AUGACGGUUGCAGCGAGAAUCGGAGAGUCUUCUGAUAAGCAGCUCGUCCUUUCGUCGCUGCGCGCCGGCGCUCCAAUCAGCCUCAAGCAGCUAGAGGGGAGCGCACGCCCUCCUCCCGCCCGCGCCGCCGUGCGUGUCGGCACCGCGGUGGCGCAAUUCGAGGACGCCGGUCCCUUUUCGCUGCUGCCCGUCGACCUGCUCGUCAAGGUCCUCGAGAACUGCUACCUGCCGGUCAAGCUGACCUUUACGAUCGAGGUUUGCAAAGGGCUGCGGCCGCUGCGAUUCGUCGCCGACCUGUGGUCGGUCGUUCGCACAUCGCUUCAGGACGCGCAGCGGCUCGGUCACCAUUACGAGACUGUGGACUGGAUCACAAGCCGCAACCUCGUCCGCUUUGCGCAGUGGCUGCCCGAUGCCGACAAGGUGACUGAGCUCUCGCUGCUGAUCUCAAAGGGCUUCGCGCCCGACGACGUGAGCGCGACGCUCGCGCUCUUUCCGGGCGUGGAGCGCCUCAGCCUGACAGGGCAGGGAAUGAACAAGAAGAUUCUGACCCUGAUGGCAAAGGUGCAGCGCCCCGCCCUCCGCAUCCUCGACCUCGACUGGGGCCAGGUGGGCGCGGCCACCGUGCUCGCAGUGCUCAAGACGGCGCCGAGCCUCGAGUCGCUCGCCUCCCACAAGCUGUCCGGCGACAUCCUCGAAGGCCUCGCCAAGCUGCUCCGCGAGGCGCGGCAGGGCGGCACGCCGCUGCUGACACGGCUUCGCCAGACGGGCCGGUACGCGGAGAACGUCACGCCCUUUGCAGGCGUCGCGGCAGGCGCGCUCUUCCCCGAGCUGCAGGAGUUCACGAUCUCUUUUGCCCUGCGCGGCCCGUCGCCGCCGCUGCCGACGGCGCCUCUGCAGGGCGCCAACCUCCGGCGCCUCCACAUCUACGACAUGAUCUACGGCUUCACCGCGAGCGACGCGUCGCCGCACCUCUCCGACGCCAGCCUCGCGUGCUUCAUCAAGACCUUUGUCUCUGGCUGCCCGCGGCUCGAGUCGCUCUGCCUCUCCCACGGCAGGAAGUACCUCUCGCGAGGCGAGACGCUGCCUCGGCUGCCCCGCCUCGGAAAGAGCUUCCAAGCCACACCGCUGCCGCGCACGCUCGUCAUGCUUGAGCUCAAGGAGAUCGUCGUGGCGCCGAGCGACUUUGCGGGCUGCGAGCUGCCCGCCCUCGCUCUCGUGCGGCUGAAGCACUGCAAGGACGAGCACGGCCCCGAUCUGCAAAAGGACACGAUCGAGGAGCUGUGCAUGGCUUGCCCGAAGCUCGAGCCCAGCGGCUGUGUCGCCGACGAGCAUCGAUUCGAGCCCAAGCACUCGUCGAAGCUGCAGCAAGCCAGAGUCUGCAACUACCCCGCAGAGCACAUCGGCGGGCUCUCGCUCGAAGGCGUCCUGGACGCGCUCGAACGCGGAUACACCCUGUACUGA